CGUCCGCCUCCACGUGACCCAAACAGAUUCGGGCACUUCCGCUUCCCCUAGGCUUUCUUCUUGUCGGUGUCCAGGGCCGGUCCGGAGCCAGUCCCCGCGGAAGCGGCGGUGGCGGCGUCAUGGCGGAGCUGACGGCUCUGGAGAGUCUCAUCGAGAUGGGCUUCCCCAGGGGACGCGCGGAGAAGGCUCUGGCCCUCACAGGGAACCAGGGCAUCGAGGCUGCGAUGGACUGGUUGAUGGAGCAUGAAGACGACCCAGACGUGGACGAGCCACUAGCGAACCCCCUUGGACAUAUCCUGGGACGGGAACCCACCCCCACUGAGCAAGGUGGCCCUGAAGGACCUGGGUCCGCUGUGGGAGAAAGCAAACCCAUUUUGACUGAAGAGGAAAGACAGGAACAGACUAAGAGGAUGUUGGAGCUGGUGGCCCAAAAGCAGCGGGAGCGUGAAGAAAGAGAGGAGCGGGAGGCACUGGAACGGGAACGGCAGCGCAGGAGACAAGGGCAAGAGUUGUCAGCUGCCCGACAGCGGCUACAGGAAGAUGAGAUGCGCCGGGCUGCUGAGGAGCGGAGGAGGGAAAAGGCUGAAGAGUUAGCAGCCAGACAAAGAGUCCGAGAAAAGAUCGAAAGGGACAAAGCAGAGAGAGCCAAGAAGUAUGGUGGUCAUAUGGGUUCUCAGUCUUGCCCACCAACAACAGAGCCAGGCCCUGUUCCCUCCUCUCCCAGCAAGGAGCCUCCCACGAAGCGAGAGUAUGACCAGUGUCGCAUACAGGUCAGGCUGCCAGAUGGGAGUUCACUGACCCAGACAUUCCGGGCACGGGAACAGCUGGCAGCUGUGAGGCUCUAUGUGGAGCUCCACCGUGGGGAGGAGCUAGGAGGGGGCCAGGACCCUGUGCAGUUGCUUAGUGGCUUCCCCCGGCGGGCCUUCUCAGAGGCUGACAUGGAGCGGCCUCUGCAGGAGCUGGGACUUGUGCCUUCUGCUGUCCUCAUUGUGGCCAAGAAAUGUCCCGGCUAAGAGGCCUUUAUCCCACCAUCCUUCUCUGACCUCUCUUCAUAUUUGAUAAAGCACUGACAUCACCUUCCUAAUAAAUAGACCCUCUGAGUUCUGUA